UGCGUUUGCAAUUACUGCAAAACGCGUUUCAGUGGCGCAUACAUAAUGUUCGAUUCUUUUUUGAAAGUAUUCAAUGAACUACCCGCUGUGUUAAACACGAUCCAAAGACAACAUUAUUUAACAAUUAAUCAUCGAGAACUCGAAGAACGGACACGAUAUCUAAACCAUUUUCACGACGUAAUCGAAAAACUGAGCUGUGAAAAGACACCCACGCUCCACCUUGUUGUUACGUAUAGACGACUACUGGUAAACCGCUCGAAGAUAACCGAUGAUGACGACAAGCUAAUUGUUCCAUUGAAAAAGUCUUUAUCACAGCAGUUGAACACAUAAUGGAUCAUACAAGACGUGCAUUAUAUCGCGAGAGAUCUCUAUCGAAAACUACACCAUGCAGCGUGGUACCCAUCGGUGUACAAUAUCUCAAAGUUUAUGGAUAUAUCGUCACAGGUUUGUCAACAUAGAAAAGUAAUGAUGUAGGCAGAAAAAGGUCAUGCACAAAAAUAUUGGUAGGCGUACUACCAAAUAGUAUAUAUAAACACGACCAAUAUGCAGAAGAUAAGACGAAAGAACACAAACAAUAUUCUCACCUGAAAAGCUACAGAACGAAAAAAUGAUGAAAAGCACCGCCAUGGCUGCACUCGUCCUCGCUUCACUGGUAACUACAAUUAGCACAAAGACUAACUUUGUUGUCUCAUUUCUAUGAUUUAGGUACUCGUGCAAACAAUGGUACUUGUACAAGACCCCAACAGCAACCAGGAUGGACAAGACUCAGGGAGAAAUCAGAGUGGACAAGGCUCAGGAAAGAAGCAGGGUGGACAAGGCUCAGGAAAGAAGCAGGGUGGACAAGGCUGA